AUGGCACACGCAACAAUUCCAAUUUCACAGGCCACCACAUCACGUGCUCUAUCGUCUAGAGAGCCUUCAAGCGGUCUGAAUAACUUUGCAUCUCUUUGGGCACAUACAAAGAAUGAAAGCCAAGAUACGUCGAAUUUAGGAGAUUUCGGAGAGUUGUGGCGAUUUCUAAGUGGAGAGAAGGAGAAGUGGUGUAAUGCUGGUUCCACAAAUCUUGCAGACAUGGAAAGCAUAUUGACUUCAAAUAGUCAACCGGCAGGAUGCAAACAACCACCGUUGUUGCCUCAUUCUUCAUCGUCCGAAUAUUCCUCGGAGGAAGAGGCUUUGGUCGCCGAUCUUAAGGCGGUCAAAAAGAAAGUUGAGGGGUAUGUUGUACUGACUGUCGACAAGGGUAACAAAAAGGCGGCAACGAAAAAGGGUAAAAAGAACAAAAAAGCAGCGAACGCUCAAGAAGCUAAACCGAAAGGGACCGAGAACGUCAAAACGAAUGCAAGUGGUGCUGCCAUUAAAAAAGUAAAUUUCAAUGACCUGUAUUAUUCGAUCAUUCCGUCAAGCAACCAUAAGCCGACACAAGAAUCAACUUUCCUAAAAGAAGUUCAAGAGGAAGUUGAUAAACCUAAUGGGAAGUCGAACCCCAAGUUUAAGAUACCAAUUCCCAUUGGUAUCUCGGAAGAUCCCAUCCACGUAUUCAUCGAUAAUUCAAACAUCCUUGCUGGAUUCGUGGCGUACUAUCGACAACAGCAAUUUCUUCGUCGUACGCCAAACUCUCAACCUGUUUUGGGAAAAAAGACCAAGCCAAUGUUGGAAUAUGAUGCUCUCUUUACUAUUCUCGAACGCGGCAGAAAUAUUGCACGCAGAGUUUUAGUGGCCUCUUCGCCAUUAUAUCAGCAACUCGAUAAAGCUGAGGAUGCCGGUUACGAAGUUUCGGUCCUUAAGCGUGUGAAAAGAAGUGUUUCUGACGAUAACACGCAACAAUUAGAUAACAUUAGUGAUUAUCAUCAGUCAAAUGCGUUUGAGAUGGAAAAAGAGCAAUGCGUCGAUGAACUGAUUCAUCUCAAAAUCUUGGAAUCCUUACUCGAUUACCACGCACCUGCCACUCUGGUCCUCGCCAGCGGCGACGGCAAAGAUGCCGACAUUCGUCAUUCCUUGGUACCGCGAUUCACAAUACGAUCUCACUCGUCGUCCUCAUCUUCAAAUAGCACAAAACGAAUCACCGCCCCGGCUACUCCACAAAAAAAGGAAUUGUCCUUUGUACAUGUAAAUCAAAUUCGUCCGCGGGACCUUGCGCAAAUAACUUUUUAUGCGCUUGAUAGACCUUUGCUAUCUUUUGGAAAUGAGCAAACGCAAAAUAUUCAGCAGGAGUGGGAAGAAGAAGAUUUUGAAGAAGAAAGUUUGUCGUCAUCUCACACAAACUCGCUCUCCAUAACCUUGACCCCAUUCUAUCCUACACAAUCAACGAUACCAAUGACACCUGCUGAACAACUGUCAAUUGUGAAUAAAUUCUUAGACGGUGUAGUUAUGGUUGAAGGUGAAGAAAUUGCCCCAUCUAUAGAGGGGGAGAAAGAAAAUAGUUCUCUUAUCAAUUCCCAAGAGCAAUCGACUACGAACUUCGAUGAAAGAUUAGAAAGAAAGAGGAAAGCGAAUAUUCUAUACUUGACGAACAUUAUGCAAAAAAGAAGGCUAAAGAUGAAUAAACAUAAACAUAAGAAACUAAGGAAGAGACAGCGCGCCUUAAGAAAGAGGCUUGGGAAAUAA